AUGUGGGAAAAUUUAAGAGCUCAGAAGUUGGAUUUGGUGGCCGCCCCUACUGAGAGAUUGACAGAAGAUGAAUGGAUCCAGGUAACGACAAGGUCUAUACUGCAAGAAGAAUCAGCUAAGCUGUGUGCUAUACACACGGAGGAGUUUUGCCUUCAGGCUCAGGGGUUUCUGUCUUGCUCUCAUGUUUUCCACAGAAACUGUAUGCAGGCUUUUGAGUGGUAUUCUGGUAGGAAGUGCUGCCCAGUGUGCAGAAGGGAGCAUUACGAAACAUGUGUAAUUCAUGAAGCUGCUUGACUUGACAGAUGUCACUGUUCUACCAGGAUUCAAGCAUACUGGCGAGGCUAUAUUGCUUGUAAAAAGUACAAAAAUAUCCAGAAAAUCAAGUUCCCCAAAGACAAAAAGAUGACUCGCCAGUUCUUGGCACUGAGUUUGCAGGAACUGAAUGACAGCUUUGUCCGAUACUGUCACACCGACAUGGAGGCUUUUCUGAGUGAUAUCGACCGUUCGCUGUCAUCAAGCAGACGAGUCCUCGAACAGCUGGAGAGAAAAGGCAUCUCAGAACCUCGGGAGAACGAGUGGGAGCGACUGAAGAGCCAGGUUGAGCACGAGGCAGGAGUGGCUCAACCUUGA